AUGUUUUCAGCCUGUACUGGACCAAAUAGAGACCAGUGCGCAACGGGCCAAAAAUGCGUUACAGUAGAAGGAAGCAAAGAGUGUAUUGGAGAAAAUCCGGCACCUGAGCCUGGACCAGAGCCCAAACCCGAACCAAAACCAGAGCCACAGCCCGAGCCAAAACCAGAACCAAAACCCGAACCAAAACCAGAACCGCAGCCGGAGCCCGAAUGCAAAGAUGUAGCGCCGAACUGUCGCCAUUUAAUCUAUCUAUGUAACGACACACUUUACGCUCCACUAAUGACUUUGUUGUGCGCGCAAACAUGCGGCAAAUGCGGCGAAGGUUAA